GGAAACUACCUCUUCUGAACUGGUUAACUGGCUUCUCAGUUUCGUUGGUUCACCCAGGUUGACGACGCUCUGCAUCUUAACGGAUCAGUCUGAAAUUACAUGCCGGCGUGUCUGAACUCCGUUCAGGGAUGAAGUGCCAAUCGGUGGCCUGUAUCUGGUCAGGCGCCCCACCACUUCACAGAAUUACCGCCGCGGCGGUGUUGAAUCAACCUCCGACCCUUUAUACCGGUGGAUACGAUGGUUCCAUCAUUUGGUGGAACAUCUCCGGUGACCAAUCUAACCAGGAAAUUUGGCCUGUGGCAAUGUUGUGUGGCCACACCGCACCUAUAUCAGAUCUUGCCAUUUGCUGGCCCGUCGGAGUUGGUGGUGGCGUGAGUGUAGAGGUAGAGAAUUCAAGUAACCUAAUAACAAACUCUGCCUCAGCUGGUUAUGGUGCACUGAUAAGUGCUUGUACUGAUGGUGUUUUGUGCAUCUGGAGCAGAAGCAGUGGGCACUGCAGACGAAGAAGGAAAAUGCCCCCAUGGGUGGGGAGUCCCUCUACUGUCCGGACAUUGCCUUCAUCCCCAAGAUACGUUUGUAUUGCGUGCUGCGUUGUUGAUUCCGUCCAUACAUUGCACCAUCACUCCGAGGAUCGCAUUGAAGAGGGUGAGCCUUCGUUUGAUAGAGAAUCCCUCCACAGAAAGGCCUCCUCCAAGUGUGUUGUUGUCAUUGUCGAUUCGUAUUCCCUUAAUAUUAUCCAGACUGUCUUCCAUGGGAAUUUAUCUGUUGGACCAUUGAAGUUCGUGGCCAUUGUGCCUGCUUUCCAGGAUAUUGAGAAGGAAUCUGUGAUCAUGGUUGAUGCAAUGGGGAAGGUGCAGUCGGUUAUGAUAUCGUCAGAGUCCGAUCCUGAUGGGGAGGGUAGAACUGGCUUACAAAAAAGCUCAUCUUCUCAUUCUGGGAUAUCUGAUUGGGUACAUGAUGAGUUUGUUGAGAGGGGCCAGGUAAUAUCAGUAGCAACCCAUGGAAAGCUGCUAGUUCUCAUAUAUAAGACCAAAUGCAUAUUUAGGCUACUGGACGAUGGGCAUACCCUCGGUGAGAUUUCUUUACUAGAUACUCCCCUUUGUGACAAUGGACCUUCCACUCAGUCAUAUCUCACAGGGGGCAUGUUUCUUUAUGGUGAUCAUAAUGGAGAGUUGGAGGAUGCUUGGGAUCAACCUGAACUGUUUGUAGAGAACUUUGCUGUCUGGAGUAGUAGAGGUGCUGUGAUAGUGUAUACACUAUCCGUUUCAAGCGACGCAUUUAAGUUUGAGCAUCUAUGUGAGAUCCCAGCUGUUUCUUGUCCACUUGAUGCAAUUAUAUCAGUGAGGUUUUGUCAGUUGAAGAAUCAUCUUAUUCGCAUCGAAUCAAUCUGCUAUAAUGAAGAGGAAUCAUUUUUGUGGAAACCCCAAGUUACAUUCUGGUUAUUCUCUGAGAGACGGGAUGCCAAUGAGAACUUUGACCAGAAAUGCAAAAUGCUAGGGAUGGGUGGUUUUCUUGGUGACUGGAUUGAACGGUCCUGUUGUCUCUCUGAGCCACACGAUUUUGUCCAUAAUGCUCCAGUGGCUUCCAGCGAGGCAGAGGGUGAGGUAACUUCCUGGCGAGGUUGCGUUCCGAGUUCCUCCAAUUUAAAUGGUUCCCUUGAGGAGGAAGGCAAAUAUGCUUUUGGGCUAAAGAGCCGGAUUGUGUCAUCUUCAAUGGUUCUUUCUGGAAAAUUUGAUGAUCCGUAUGGCAUUGUAUAUGGCUUCUACAGUGGUGAAAUUGAAGUCAUACGAUUUGAGAUAUCUCUUAGAGAACAGGAUUCUGUUGUGGGAAGUUCCCAUAAGGAGAUGGCACCACAUUUGUCUGAGCAAUACUUUUUAGGGCAUACCGGUGCAAUACUAUGCUUGGCUGCACAACAUCUGGUCAGAACGCCAAAUGAGGAGAUGUUGACUUGGGUUCUAGUGUCAGGGAGCAUGGACUGCACAAUUCGUAUUUGGGAUCUUGAUACAAGUAGUCUCAUUACUGUGAUGCACCAUCACGUGGCUCCUGUUCGACAAAUAAUCCUGCCCCAACCCUGGACAGACCGUCCCUGGAAAAACUGUUUUCUUUCUGUUGGAGAGGAUUCUUGUGUUGCUCUAGCAUCACUUGAGACUUCACGGGUAGAAAGAAUGUUUCCUGGCCACCCAAGCUAUCCUUCAAUGGUUGUAUGGGAUGGUACAAGAGGCUAUAUAGCAUGCCUUUGCAGGAAUCAUUCUGGAGUUUCUGAGACACUUGAUGUGUUGUACCUUUGGGAUGUAAAGACAGGUGCUCGAGAGCGAGUCAUUCGUGGUAAUGCUUCUCAUGCAAUGUUUGACCAUUUUUGUAGAGGAGCCAAUGUGCAUUCCACUAAUUACAAUAUGUUGGUUGGAACUACUUCAGCAUCCUCCUUGCUUCUUCCAAUAAUUGAAGAUGGAAACUUGUUGCAAUCUAAUUUUAAGAAUCUUGAGAAGGGGGUCACCUCAUUGGAUAGCAUUCAAAGGAGAGUAAUAGAUGAGUCAAACUCUUCUGUGGAUCAUUCUACUAAAGGAAAGUCUGCAAAACAAAUUGCACUCCCACUUGUUCAAAGCAAUAAGCAUCCCAUCAAAUGCUCUUCCCUGUUCCCCGGAAUUGCCAGUCUGAGAUUCGAUCUUGCUUCUUUGAUGUCUCCUUGUCAGAGAGACUUCCAGUCUGAACAGAGUAGUGGUAAUAAGGAGAAUACCAGACCUGUCACACCAACUCAUCACCAAGAAAUUUCAAAUGAUAAUUCUGAUGAUGUACCUAAGACUGCAGGUGAUCAUAUAGAAGAGUAUGAGUGGAUUAGAACACUUGAAGGAUGUUUAAUUUGCUUCAGCAUAUCUUUUUUGCACCUGUGGGGUGUAGAUAAGGAUCUAGAUAGAUUGUUGAUUGCUGAGAUGAAUGUCAGCAGACCAGAGAAAUUUGUUGUGGCUUCUGGGUUGCAAGGGGAUAGAGGGUCUGUAACAUUGGCAUUCCCUGGUCUACCUGCUGCUCUAGAGCUUUGGAAAACAUCCUCAGAGUUCUGUGCAAUGCGGUCACUGACAAUGGUGUCUCUUGCUCAGCGGAUUAUUAGCUUUUCUAGCUCCAGUUCAGCUGUCAGCAGUGCUUUGGCCGCAUUCUAUACUCGUAGUUUUGCAGAGAAAGUUCCAGAUAUAAAUCCACCUUUGCUCCAGCUGUUGGUGAGUUUCUGGCAAGAUGAAAGUGAGCAUGUGCGCAUGGCUGCACGCUCUUUGUUCCACUGUGCUGCUGCACGGGCUAUUCCAGUUCCAUUAAGUUGUCCAAAAGCAACUCAGCAUGCAAUAAUUCCAAGUUCUACAAAUGGUGAGGAUGAACAUGAAAAUUUAGUUAGAGAUGUAACUACUACAAGCAGCCUGUUGGAUUCAGACUGGGUCAGGGAAACAAGGGGCUGUUCACAAUUGGAGUCCAGUAUACUUGAUUGGCUGGAAUCAUUUGAAAUGCAAGACUGGGUUUCUUGUGUUGGGGGAGCUAGCCAAGAUGCAAUGGCGUCUCAUAUUAUCGUUGCUGCAGCAUUGGCCAUUUGGUAUCCAAGCCUUGUGAAGUCAAAUCUUGCCAAUUUGGUUAUUCAGCCUUUAAUGAAGUUGGUUAUGGCUGUAAAUGAGAAGUACAGUUCAACUGCUGCAGAGCUCCUCGCAGAAGGAAUGGAGGGUACGUGGAAGGCAUGUAUUGGCCAUGAAAUAUCCCAUUUGAUUGGCGAUAUAGUUUUCCAAAUAGAGUUUUUAAGUGGUGCAUCUGGUAACUCAGCAAUGCAUAAUCCAGCAGUAGCUGUUACUAUUCGGGAGACUUUGGUUGAUAUUCUUCUUCCAAGCUUAGCAAUGGCUGACUUGCCAGGGUUUUUAAAUGUAAUAGAAAGCCAAAUAUGGGCUACUGCUUCUGACUCACCUAUUCAUUUAGUAUCUCUCAUGACUCUUAUCAGGGUUGUCCGUGGUUCUCCAAAACCCUUGGCUCAGUACCUUGACAAGGUGGUAAACUUUAUUUUACAAACUAUGGACCCUGGGAACUCGGUAAUGCGCAAAACUUGUUUCCCGAGCUCAAUGGCAACAUUGAAGGAAGUAGUACGUGUAUUCCCAAUGGUAGCUUUGAACGAGGCAUUGUCACGAUUGGCUGUUGGGGAUGCAAUUGGAGAUAUUAACAGUGUCACUAUUCGGGUAUAUGACAUGCAAAGUGUUUCAAAAACAAAGGUUUUGGAUGCAAGCGGUCCUCCUGGGCUCCCAAGUUUACUUCAAGGAGCUUCAGAGUAUACAUUAACCACGGCAAUUUCAGCUUUAAGUUUCUCACCUGAUGGAGAGGGUCUAGUGGCUUUUUCUGAACAUGGGUUGCUGAUCAGGUGGUGGUCACUGGGAUCUGCAUGGUGGGAGAAACUCAGUCGGAGCUUAGCUCCUGUCCAGUGUACCAAACUGAUUUUCGUACCUCCAUGGGAAGGGUUCUCACCCAACUCUUCUAGGUCAAGCAUCAUGGCAAGCAUAAUGGGGCAUGAUAAACAGGUCAAUUCACUGGAGAAAGCGAGGGGCUCAAAUGCUAUGGACAGUCUGAAGCUUUUGAUACAUAACCUUGAUCUCUCUUACCGGCUAGAAUGGGUUGGUGAAAGGAAAGUUCAACUUAUGUGGCAUGGCAAGGAGUUGGGUUGUUUCCAACUAUAAGCAUGUCAUACUGAGAGUGGAUUUGACCAAUGUGUUGGUAGUUUCAACUAGAAAUUUUUGGUGGAAUGUGCACUUUGCAAGCUCGAGUUGCAGUCCUUUUCAAAGUGGAAUGACAUGAGAAAGCUGAGAUCACUGUCAAGAAGCAAGUAACUUGGGUGUCUUGCAUGAGCCACAACUUGUUAUUGCAGUGAAUUACGUUACUUUGAGUGGCUUUUUUGUUCUCGUCCAUGAAGCCUAGUGUCAGGAUUUUGAAACAACUCCUGAAGGAUUAGGAUUGUCCAAUUGCAAUGCCACAUUGAGGUAUAACAACAAUUGAAUUCCUCUACCCAAAUGAGAGUACUUGUGAUCUGUUCCUACUUCCUAGUCUAUCUUGCAACAGCCAUUCCAGGUUGUGAUUCUUCUCUAUGGGCUUCUUCCGCUAUAUGAGAACAGGGAAAAGGGGGAAGAUGGAGAAAGUGAAGUCCCGGGCUAUUGAGUAAAUUUGGGUUUUGU